GCAAAACGCCCCACCGCGGGGAGGUCAACCUCGAAUGGACGCCGUGCAAAGUGGGAAUCUGGCGGCAUGAUUCAGUAAAGGCCAUGGAGAGGAGAGCUCAGGCCGCCGAGUCUCUUGUUGCGAGAUCGAGCGGCCAAGCGGCCCUCGAUCAUGCUAUCCAGGCCGCCGACCUGUACAUGCGUGCGGCUUCUGAAGCUGUGAGUAAGCCAGAGGCCACUCGCCUGCGACAGAAAUGCCGGCAGCUCAUCACUCUGGCUGAGCGACUUAAAGCCUCGCGGACAGGCGCUGCGUCUGUGCAGCAGCCGAGCCUGUUGCAACAGACUUCUCGCCUUCACGGCAAUUACUUCCCUCAGUGGACAACCGUCCCCGUUGAUUCCGAUUUCCGCCUUGCCUCGGGUGAGAUGCCCUUCGUCGAUGAUGCUGCCCUUAAGCUCUCGCCUCGGCAAGCAGCAACUUUUGACGGCUGGAAGAGGCCGAUGGAGCUUCAUUCGAGUGAGGGAGAGGCUGAUAUGGAGGCCUUUAUGAACUCCGGUGAUGGGUGUGAUCUAGUGCAGGAUUUGACUACGGAUUGCUCUGUCGUGGCCAGUCUUUGUGCGGCCAUGCGAAUAUUAACUGGCCGAAACUCGGUUCUGGCUUCGAUUUUGUACCCUUUCGACCGUGCUAGGGGCAUGCCUAGGUUCUCCGCCUCGGGCAAGUAUAUCCUACGUUUGCACUUCAAUGGCUGCUUUCGACGUGUUGUCAUUGAUGAGCGGCUCCCUGCCUCUUUGAAUGAUAGAACUCUUUACGUUGUCGACCGCAAAAACCCCCGUCUUAUCUGGCCUGCACUUCUCGAAAAGGCUUACCUCAAAGUGCGAGGCGGAUAUGAUUUUCCUGGAAGCAACUCGGGGACUGACCUAUGGGUUCUCACUGGAUGGAUUCCUGAGCAACUUUUCCUUCAGAGGGAGGAUCUUGACAUUGAGGCUGUCUGGAAAAGGAUCAAGAAGGCCCAUGACUUGGAAGAUGUUGUUGUUACCUUGGGUACAGGGCGCAUAUCAGCCGAGGAAGAGGACGUAUUGGGCCUGAUUGGCGAACAUGACUACGCGGUCAUGGCUCUCGAUGUGGUUGGAAACACUCGAAGACUUUUGGUCAAGAAUCCAUGGUGUAACGGGCCAGUUUGGAAGGGGUCUAUCGCAACGACUCUGCCAAUGCUGCAGAUGGAAGGAGACCUCGAAUCAUCUGAAUCCGGCAAGACGUCGCGCCGUGGCCAGCCGUCUGCUGGCUCUUUUUGGAUGCCACUCGAAGAUGUGGUGCAACACUUCGAAUCCAUGUACCUCAACUGGAACCCUGCAAGAUUUGCCCAUCGCCAGGAUCACCAUUUUACCUGGAAAAUACCUCCUGCCUCGCUGGCGUCGUCACUGGUGCGCAACCCGCAGUACUCAUUCGAAUGUCCAAGCGGUGGAACGGUGUGGAUCCUCGUGAGUCGGCACUUCAUGGAUGCCGAACUUGAGAUAGCCCGCACAAGAACCGACUCCAUGGCUGCAGUGUCAGGACAGCUUGGAUUCAUGAGUAUCCUCGUGUUUGAUAAUGGAGGCCACAAAGUUCAGGUGAGUGACGGCGAGGUUUAUCGUGGUCCAUACGUGGACUCACCUCAGACACUUGCACGUCUCGAUACAAGCCCAACGAAACGGUACACGAUUGUCCUGGAUCAGCAUGAAUUUCCGCUUCCUGAUUAUACACUAACGCUUUCGCUCUUCUCCCAAGAGCCCCUCAAAGUGAAGGAGGCUGAGGAUGCGAUGCUACACUGCAAGGAGAUGGCGGGCACCUGGAACAGGCGUACUGCUGGUGGCAACGCUGCCUGUCCGACAUACUUGCUGAACCCGCAAUUUAAGUUAACUCUUUCAUACGCGAGCCCGCUAUCUCUCCUGCUUUCUGCAGAUAACCAAGACAUCCACGUCCAUGUUGAUCUCGUCUGGGCUCAGGGGAAACGAGUUGCUGCACUCAAGGCCCGAGACUUGGUGGGAUCAUCUGGUGAAUAUCGACGGGGAUGUAGCGUUGCAAACAUACCUCAAGUCGAUCCUGGUGUCUACACUGUCGUCUGCUCGACGUUUGAAGCAAGCCAGCUGGCUGAAUUCGUCCUCAGGGUUGGGUCAAUGACGCCUGUGACGCUGGAGACUAUCCCCGCGGAUGCUGCUGGGCGACUACAAACAAUAUUGCCCCCCUUUAGGCUGUCCGAGGGCGAGGAGGUACGACGUGCGCCCCUGUCCGUGUCUUGGCUCACACGGAUGAGCGUAACAGCAAAGAGUGUGACCCAACCAGGUUUGCAGCCUGGCAGCCGGCCAUCUUCGACGUUGGUAAUCCGUCUCUCCGUUGUUCAUGGCUGGGCUCCUGAGCGGACUGUUGUCGCCAUAUCCGGCGACGGCGAGUUCCAGGAACCCAAGACCAGCGUUCGAACACUGGAAUUUGAUAUGGAACCCGGGCGUAUUCUCCGCGAAGGAAUGUGGUUAAUUGUGGAAAGCAUGGGAACACACAACAUCACUGAGAACAUUGAGGUCGGGCUUCAUAGUGACGCCCCAGUCCAUGUUGGGGCUUGGGAACUAAUGUGAUCGGAUGGAAGCGCAGGCCAUAUUCACUCGAAUAGUCAAAAAGCAAGUUACUGUACGGAUACCAAUU